AUGGUCAUUGUGUUGAUGAAGUCAGUCGCGUACGGCCCCGCCUCCCACGCCAUUGGAGGGCUGCUUCGAAAUUUGUACAAAAACCCCGACCUAGAACCGCCUUCUAAAAUGUUUUUAACGAACCAAUAUGGCCGACCGCUCUAUUUGUUUAUAGAGCACGCGGAACAGACGCGGCGGCUGCCGAGGACGAGCGUUACACCUGCCCGGACAGACAGACACACAGAACAUAGCUAUCAUACAGCUUUUAAUAUCGAACCACUCAUUGUAGAUAAUGUUUGUGUGUAUUAG